AGAUUUCGUUGAAGAUCACGCUUAUCUUCAUUUCUUGUUUUUCAGAUUCUAAAAAUGGGAGUUGAUAUUGAAACCUUGAAGCCUGGAGAUGGAUCAAGCUUUCCCAGGGGAGGUCAGACAGUGACCUGUCACUAUGUAUUGACCCUGACCAACGGUAAGAAGAUUGAUAGCUCGAGGGACAGGGGGCAACCCUUCAAGUUCAAGAUUGGACGUCAAGAGGUGAUCGCUGGCUGGGAUGAGGGAGUUGCCAAGAUGUCAAAGGGACAGAGAGCAAAGCUUACCAUUAGCGCAGAUCUUGGGUAUGGGUCAAGCGGAGUUUCUGGUAUGAUCCCUCCCAAUUCCACUCUUGUCUUCGACGUCGAGCUUAUUGACUUUAAUUAAAUAGUCAGCCCCUGCUUGGCACUCGUAUAUCUGUGUUGUUCGUCAUGAUCCUAGAUGAGUGUCAUGGCUGAAUGUUUAUUCAAUUAUUACUUUCAAGUUUUCUUAUUUCCUACUCAACUGUAAUUUGUCUUUGUUUUCAAAUCAUUUAAGUAACAAACCACCUGUAGUCAUCUUGCAGAAUUUUGAUUUCAAUUGAGAUUGGACUGAAAUGAUCAUCAGUACUUAAGCUCUGUUUCUACGAAACAGACAAUAGAUUUUAAACUUGUGUUUCCAGAAGUUUGUCGGCGAAACUAGUUUGACUGAAAAAGUUGUUUGUCUUUUGGCCCUAAUUCGUAAUUGAGCUCGAUAUUUUCAAAAA